AUGAAACCCAAACUGCAGCAGAAACGUACACAUGCACCAAGCAGACCACAGAAGGCAGAAGAAGCACAGCAGCAACACUAUAAAACCUGCAAACAGCUCAGCAACCAACCACAACAGAAACAACUGACUGCAACAACAGAACAAAACAGCAGCAAACACUCAUCCAUGUGCAUAUUUGCACUGUCCAUUUUUCUUGAUGUUUUGCGGUUGAAUGCAAUAUUUUAUGCACCAGAUAUAGUGUGUGCUGGGCAGGAUGACCAAACAUUGCCUUCAAUCCCCAUUACUCCUAUUGAGGAAGAAGAUCAACCAGAUCCCUCGCCUGAUUCUAUUGCUUGUCCCAGUGCUACUACUAAGCCAUACCCGUUGGUGGCCCAAGGUGGGACAUUGGCUGCUGGAGUAGCAGGUUGUGGUCAAGCAGAUGCAUUAAAAGCUGCUCUUACUGCUGUGGCGAAGAGCAAUGAGCAGAUUGACCACAACCUGCUUGUAAAAAUUCUAAGUAAUCCGACAAUUUUAGAACAGUUAGUUAGGCAUCAAGGUCCUCAGAGUAUCCCCAAGCCUUUAUCUUCUGGAGCACCUGUGUACAGGAUGCAUACACCAGCUCCUCCUCCUCCUCAGUAUAAUAAUAUGGAAACAGGAUCAUCCUCAUCCCCAAUGAUGAUGUCAAAUGGGUUAGUGUACCCGUAUACUAAUGGUACUGGACCUAUGACCCAUCAGCAAUCAAUCCCACCGCUCUCUAUACAGUCUGGUUCUGGUUCUCAAAUGAAGGACCUCAACUACUACAAGAACUUGAUUCACCAACAUGGAGGAGAAAGGCAAGGCGAGCCUCAACCUCAACCUCAAGCUCAACCUCCAUUUUCAACCCAUCCCAUUCCCAUCCAUCAUUCAGGAAUAAUAGAUCAAGAAGUAGAUAAUUCAAAACCAAGGGAUGCAAAACAUAAGAUUAUGAAGCCUUGUAUUUAUUUCAAUAGUUCAAAAGGUUGCAGACAUGGUGCGAAUUCUAUUUAUCAGCAUGACAUGUCGCUCCAGCAACGGGUUAGUAGCAUCUCAGAAAUGCAGAGUGCAAAGAGAAUGAAGAUGGAUAGAGAGAUUAGAGGACCACAGUCAUACAUUUAA